AUGGGUAGUGCUCAGCAAGAUGUCGAGCUCCAAGACUUCGGGAGCAUCUUCAGUCUCGAGGGUAAAGUCGCUGUCGUGACUGGCGGGUCACGAGGACUAGGCCUGAACGUCGCCUCUGGGUUCCUGCAGGCCGGCUGCUCCAAGGUCUACAUCACCUCCCGCAAGGCCAAAGCAUGCGAAGAAGCCGUCGCCGCCCUCAACGCCCUCCCUAAUAAACGACCCGGCGCCGUCGCCAUCUCCGUCCCCGCCGACGCGUCCAAGAUCUCCGAGAUUGAACGUCUGGCCGCCGAGGUCGCAAAGACCACCGACCACGUCGACAUCCUGUUCGCAAACGCCGGCGCGACGUGGGGGGCUCCCUUCGAUACACACCCGGAGAAUGCGUUCAGCAAGGUCAUGGAUCUGAACGUCAAGAGCGUCUUCUACACUGUCCAAAAGUUCGCCCCACUUCUACAGAAGCGGGCCAGCACAGAGAACCCCAGCAGAGUGAUCGUGACGGCAAGCGUCGCUGGCAUCGGCGUGGGCUCGCUUGGGGAGAAUGCGACGUUCGCCUAUUCGGCGUCCAAAGCAGCUGCGAUCCAUCUGGCCAAGAACUUGGCCGUCGAGCUCGGUCCCAGAGGAAUCAUCACCAACGCCGUGGCGCCGGGCUUUUACCCUACAAAGAUGGCUUCUGGGUUGAUGGAGUUGCAAGGUGGGCAGGCGGCGUUGGCUGCCGAAGUGCCAAACAAGAGGCUGGGACGUCCUGAGGAUAUUGCGGGAUUGGUCGUCUUUUUGAGCAGCAGGGCAGCUUCACACAUCAACGGUGCCGUCAUCACGACCGAUGGUGGCUCUGUGCUCUCACGGGGCAAGCUAUAG